AUGACCGAAAACAUAAAUGCCACUGGAGAUUUUCGUCCCCGAAAGUCAUUAAUUCUCAAUGCCUUCGUUGAAAUGUGCAGUGGACACCAGUCGCCAGGACUCUGGCGCCACCCAGAAGAUGAAUCUCAUCGGUUCAACGAUAUUGAUCAUUGGAUUGAGCUGGCGAAGCUUCUCGAGUCAGCGAAGUUCCAUGCAAUUUUCAUUGCCGAUGUCCUUGGAGGCUAUGAUGUGUAUAAAGGACCACGAAACCUGGAACCGGCUAUUACUUCCGGUGCGCAGUGGCCUGUCAAUGAGCCUUUGGCUUAUGUACCAGCUAUGGCAUCCGCAACAAAUAAUAUUAGUUUCGGCGUGACAGUCACAACGACAUAUGAACAGCCAUACCACCUCGCGAGGCGUCUAUCGACGAUAGACCAUCUCACCAAGGGACGUCUGGGCUGGAAUGUUGUGACCGGAUAUCUUGACUCAGCUGCUCGUAAUUUGGGCGAAGCUGAACAGCCACUACACGAUCAAAGAUAUUCUUUGGCUGAGGAAUAUAUCAAGGUCACAUACAAGCUUUGGGAGUCAUCUUGGCGCCAAGAUGCGGUUGUUCUUGACCGCGAGCGAGGAAUCUACACAGAUCCAGCCCGCGUUCGCGAGAUCAAUCAUGCCGGGAAGUACUAUAACGUGCCCGGCCCUCAUAUCUGCCAGCCUAGUCCGCAGCGAACACCGGUAAUUCUCCAGGCCGGCACAUCCAAGGCUGGAAAGGCCUUUGCGGCCCAGCAUGCCGAAGCCAUUUUCGUAGCUGGACAUAGCCCAUCCGUGGUUGCGAAGAAUAUCACAGAAAUUAGACAGCUGGCGAAGACUGAGUACGGCCGGGAUCCACAGAGCAUCAAGUUCCUGUCUCUACUUUGCCCUGUUCUCGGUCGGACAGAGGAAGAGGCCGUGAAGAAGUUUGAGUCUUACCGCAGCCUGGGAUCGAUUGAUGGAGCGUUGGCAUUGUUUGGAGGCUGGACGGGGAUUGACCUCAGUAAAUACGGCGAUGAUGAGGAAUUGCGACAUGUUGAAAGCAAUGCUAUCCGGUCAGCUGUCGAGGGCUGGUCUAAAGCAUCCCCAGGAGUUGCCAAAUGGACGAAACAGACAGUAGGUCAGCAUAUCACUGUCGGUGGACUCGGUUCCACUCCUGUUGGCACACCAGCCCAAGUCGCUGAUGAAAUGGAGCGGUGGGUGGAAGAAGCCGAUGUAGAUGGAUUCAACCUGGCAUACGCGGUGAUGCCGGGCUCAUUCAAGGAUAUAAUCGAGCUUUUGAUCCCCGAACUUCGUCGCCGGGGUCUCUUUUGGGAUGACUACGCGGUGCCUAAGGGAACUUUCCGCGAGAAUUUGUAUGCGAAAGCCGGUCAAUCGGGUCCUCGCGAAGAUCAUCCAGCAGCGAAAUACCGCUGGAAGGCCGGUAUUGACGCCGCAAGUCACAAAAUUCCUGAGAACUAA